UCGUGUCAAGGGUUAUUGAGCAUGCGCAUUUCGUACGCGGUAAAAGCUCACAUGUUGCAGUUUUCUGUGUUGAUCUUGCGUUGUUUUCAUCAUACGACUCGUUUCGGACGACACAGUGCUACAAAUUUUGGUUCUAGAAGUCUUAGUAUCUUCAGAAUGAGUGAAGACAACCACGCCAUCAACCUGAAGAAAGUAAAAGUUUGCAAGAAAAUAGGCACACAUAAUGGAACUUUUCACUGUGAUGAAGUAUUGGCAUGUUUUCUGCUCAAACAACUGCCGGAAUAUGAACACGCUGAGAUUAUAAGAACACGGGACUCGUGUAAAUUGGACACAUGUGACAUUGUGGUGGAUGUUGGUGGAGUUUUUGAUGCCAGUAAGCACAGAUAUGACCACCAUCAGAGGUCUUUUGAAGAAAGCAUGAAUUCUUUGACAUCAGAAAAACCGUGGACCACGAAAUUAAGCAGUGCUGGUCUUGUAUAUCUGCACUUUGGGCACAGUGUUAUCGCCCGUACACUUCAAACAUUGCCAGAUGACAAAAUAACAAAAAUCAUUUUUGAUAAAGUCUAUGAGAGUUUCAUAGAAGAAGUGGAUGCCAUUGAUAAUGGCAUAUCACAAUGGGAUGAGAAACCAAGGUAUUUAUUAACCACUAACCUGAGCUGUAGAGUAAGCAAUUUGAAUCCAUGGUGGAAUGAUACAAAAGUUGAUGUGGAGGAAAGAUUUGAAAAAGCUAUGUCGAUGGUAGGAGCUGAAUUUCUUGAUAGAGUACUCUAUUAUCACAAAUGUUGGUGGCCAGCAAGGUCACUUGUAGAAGAAUCUAUAAAAAAGAGAUUUGAAGUCGAUGACAGUGGUGAAAUAAUUAUUUUUCAACAAGGUGGAUGCCCAUGGAAGGAUCAUCUGUUUGAUUUGGAAGAAGAAAUGAAAAUAGAACGGCCAAUAAAAUACGUACUGUACACAGAUCAGAAUGAUAAUUGGAGAGUGCAGUGUGUGCCAAUCAGAAAAACUUCAUUUGAAAACAGGGUGUCUUUGUUGGAAGAAUGGCGAGGAUUACGUGAUGACGAACUGAGUAAAGUAAGCGGUAUACCAGGAUGUAUAUUCGUACAUGCCAGUGGCUUCAUUGGUGGUAAUAAAAAUAAAGAUGGCGUCUUAGAAAUGGCUCGACAUACGCUGAAGAAGUUGAGACCUGCAGAAACCUAGCAGAUAGUAGUAGUAAAGAAAAUUGUGAAUGUGUGUUGUCUCACAGUUGGCAUCUCCAACGAGCCAUUGUGAUCGUGUGUUGUUUGCCAACAAACAUCUUCAGCAAGCAAUUGUGAUCAUGCUUUGUCUGCUGACUGGUAUCUAUGUGUAGGCAACUUAAACUGUUGGUGCAGGUAGUUUACAAAUGCACUUUUUGACAUCUUGAAAACAACCUUGUGUGAAGUUGCAUCAGAUUCUUUCAUUUUAUGACAAUAUCUUCAAUUCCCUGUAUGAUAUAUACUUUUAACAUGUUUGCGUAAAGCUCUAUGACAUUUGUGUCAUUUCAGUUUUUACAUUUCCUGUGUCAUCGUAGAUGAAGGAAAGUACAUAUAUGAGGAGGAAAUGUCUGUCCUAGUUGUUGUUGACCUAAGAUGUAGAACUUUUUCUGGUGAUUACAGUCAAACUCAAACAGAUUUUAUCCAAUCUCUUUAAAACUUGGAUAUUUUAUUACUCAGUUUGAAACCUGGACAAGCUCCAUUUUCCCAAAGUUUCUAAUAAAUCACUAUAAAAUGGUUUAUGGGGACUGAUGCUGAUCAUGAAAAACAGAUGCAAGUAAUCUGUGUCAAUUAGAUAUAAUGAUGUACAAAUGUACAACUAUAGGAAACUUUAUACAGUUCAUGUUAUAUUACCAGGUACUGUAAAAUACUUUAUUUUAGCUGGAAUUAAUUUUGGCUGUUCUGAUUGAAUGUAAAAAGGUAUUUUCACUGAUUCAACUCUUCCGCAAAAAUAAAUCCCAAAUAAAAAUAAAGUACUUUACAGUAAUAGGGAUGUUGAAAAUAAAACAAAGGUAAUUAAUAUUCAUGUUUAUUCAGAAGUGUUUCCACCUAAAUUUUGAUAAGUUUUAACACUUAAACAUAAAAUAUUCCACCGUACCGUUAUGCAAAAUUGAAACAAUGUUCUAGGUGCACAGUGACAAGCUAAACAGUGUUUUUUUUUUCUUUUUAUGAACAUGUGGAAUACAUCUCCCAAAAGUAGUGCCAUCACUCUCAAAUGUGGGUGGAUUUGCCAAAGUCACCAGGUGUCAAAUGGUUUAUUUUACUUGCCUGUUCUAAGUUUGCAAAUAAAUCAAUCUAUUGUCUAUCUAUUUAUGAUGGGAUUCACUAUAAACUUUGCUUUACCC